AAAGCCCAGAAGACCUGGUAAACGUCAAUGAAACCUCUAACCCCUAAAAUCAAAGAGAAAUUAAGGGGAACGCAGUAGACCCCAAGUCAAAAAUUGGGUGGUAAUUUCUUUCACACCACGCUACUGAUUCUCUUCUUGUCACUCUCUACUAUAUCUCUCUUUCCCAGUUAAAGAACUCAUCUUUAUCAAAGGACUUGGAAUUUCGGUGGCCCGUACGAGGAAAAAAGAGAGUGAUUCGGUGGAGCUUGGACUUGUUCUCAGUGAAAUUCUGUUCUGAUACACUCCUCUAUUGUAAAUAUUGAAUGGGAGUAUUUGUUUCAGUGUGAAAUAUUAAUAUAGGAUAGAGCAGAGUGUCCAAAAUGGCAGAUGCCAGUCCCAGGACAGAUACUUCGACUGAUGCUGACACUGAAGAUAAGAAUUUGAGGUUUAAGAACAAUCAGCUGCAGACUAUAGCUACUUCUGAUGGCAGUGACAAGUCCAGAGAUCAAAAGACUCUGCGUAGGCUUGCACAAAAUCGUGAAGCUGCAAGAAAAAGCCGCUUGAGAAAAAAAGCUUAUGUUCAGCAGCUGGAGAGCAGCAGAAUGAAAUUGACACAACUUGAGCAAGAGCUACAACGAGCAAGGCAGCAGGGGAUAUUUGUUUCAAGUUCAGGAGAUCAAUCACAAUCAGCCAGUGGAAAUGGUGCUUUGGCCUUCGAUGUUGAAUAUGCACGGUGGCUGGAGGAGCACAACCGGCGGAUUAAUGAACUCAGAGGUGCUGUCAAUUCACAUGCUGGUGAUGGUGAACUUCGCAUAAUAGUGGAGGGCAUUGUUGCACACUGGGAUGACAUUUUUAGGAUAAAAGGGGAAGCUGCAAAAGCCGAUGUCUUUCACAUUUUGUCAGGCAUGUGGAAGACGCCUGCCGAAAGGUGCUUCCUCUGGCUUGGCGGAUUUCGUUCGUCUGAACUUCUUAAGCUUCUUAUCAGUCAGUUGGAGCCACUGACGGAGCAGCAGGUAUUGGCCAUAAACAACUUGCAACAGUCGUCACAACAAGCUGAAGAUGCCCUGUCACAGGGAAUGGAAGCGCUGCAGCAGUCCUUGGCCGAGACGUUAGCUGGUUCUCUUUCCUCCUCAGGUUCCUCCGGAAAUGUUGCCAACUACAUGGGCCAAAUGGCAAUGGCUAUGGGGAAGUUGGGAACGCUUGAGGGCUUCAUUCGUCAGGCUGAUAAUUUGCGGCAGCAGACUCUCCAACAAAUGCACCGUAUCUUAACAACACGCCAAUCUGCUCGUGCGCUCCUUGCCAUCAGCGACUACUUUUCUCGGCUUAGGGCCCUUAGCUCCCUGUGGCUCGCCCGCCCUCGGGAGUAACAUCUCUCAAUGAUUCUUGUAUUUGUUGGAAGAUGCAGGUAAAUCCUCAGCAGUCCCAGGACCGUGAGCCCCUUAUAAUGACAAGACUCGGAGCCCCAAAAUCUUCUAAGAAAGACGCAUAUUCUAUUGAUGCAAACCGAGUUUGUCGAUUUGGUGGAACGAUUUUUAGAACCGUCACAGGUGCAGUGAUCUUCCAUCAAUUGUAACGUUGCUAAGCUGCUAACUGAUGUAGAGAAUACUUGUACUGGUUCGCAUGUUGUACAACUCAUAGUUUCCAGUUAGUUGUAAGUGAUUGUUGUCUGACGAUGUAGCUUAAUUAAUAGAAAUAGCCCCCGCACCCCCCUGUGAUUGCCAAAA